AUGUAUCAAUCAUCUACAACAACUAUCAAAAGGAAGCCGGUCCCAUCGGCUAAUCCACAACCACCUCCCCCUCCCCCAUAUCCUGAUGAUAUCCUUGACGAUAUCCUUGAUGAUUAUCUAGAACCAACUAAACCACCAAAUCCUCAUCACCAACCUGUGCUACCAAUUGAAACCAAGGAAUUGAAAUUGGAUAUCAGUCCUGCCGCACUCCCAGCCGUUCCUCCAAGACAAUUAUCCAUUCCCCUUGUUUCUAGCCCUUCAGAAAUCUCACUUAACUCAGGUGUCUCAACACCAGACACAUCUAAUCUCGGCCAUUCGAUAUGGAAAACCGCUGUCAAUGAGACCAUCUACUUUGCCGGGGGGCUUAUAUCACAUCCAUUCGAAUCAACUAAACAUUAUAGUAUUCUCCGCCAUUCGGCUGGGGUGAUCCUUUACCGAGGACCGUCUACGAGUAUCGCCAUUACCAUAUUCGCGGAUCAGCCUUUGCCAGCUGACCGUUCGUUCUGGCUACAGAGAAAGGGUUUCUCUGGGAAUAUGGGUAUGGCUGCUAGUGCUCUUCUACGCACACAGGGAAACUGGAUUGAAGUAACUCCAUCAUUCGCAGCUCUUCCUUCUCAAGUCCCAGAAACGGAUGAGCGAGCAUGGCAAAGAGAUAUCAAGAAAUUUAUCAAGAAGGCAACAUCCCAUAGGCAUUUAUCUAAACAAAUAGCCCGCGAGACUUGUGUUAUUCGAAUCCCCGCCUCGGCAGAAGAUGGCUAUUUGCGUAUUGUCAUGUGCACCGGUGAAGGGUCAAAGAAAACGCUUUGUCCCUCGCCCGUCUUUCGCGUAGCUAGUACGUCAUCAGAUGUGAGCGUAUUGCGUGGUGCAAGUUUGACAACUAUGCCUAUCGAACUCGGAUUAAAAGUAGCAUCAGUAAUAGGCCAAAUCACCGUGGAAAAGUACACCGGACCUGUGAUAGAAGUUAUAGAGGCCCAGAUUGAAAAAUAUGGCCCGGGGUUAAUAGCCCAAGAAGCUGCGAUUAUGGCAUACGAAAACUCCAGGGUGAACGAACGGGUUACUGCUGCAGAAGAGACCCUUGACGCAGAAAGGGAUAGCGCCUACGAAUCUUUGCAAACAGAGGGGGUACUGGAGGCACCUCCUCAGAUUGUCGGUGCUGAAAGUGGACCGGAGAAGCCGUACCCAAUCCGAUUCAUUAGCAAGGUAGUCCAAGGAACUGGCAGAGGCCGAAGCGAAACCGGGAUACCAACAGCGAACCUAUCCAGCAUAUCAGAGGAUUUACUACUACGUCCCAAUGGUGUCUAUAUAGGUUGGACUGCUAUCCAGCCAUUUCGGGGGAGCGAAAACAUUUCAUACGAUUGGCAUGAAGCUGUCAUCACUAUUGGACCUUCACCAUACGCACCGCCUCGAGUAGUUCCUAAGAAAAUAGUCGCAGUUCACAUUGUCCACGACUUUGGCGAAGCUAGGUUUUUGAACGCCAAUAUUGAGGUCGUAGUUAUGGCAUAUCUAAGACCUCUACCAAAGCCCGAUAGCUCCCAAUCACCUGCAGAAAGGACAGCCGCUGCUGCACGAGAUAUCAGUACGGCAGUGGCAAGUCUGAGUCGCGAGCAUUGGCAGUGCGACAUGACUCUUCGUAGAAUCAAGUCGGAAACGAGCAUCAAAACUAUCGAGGAUAAAUAUAUUGAUAUAAGAUCACAAGUGCAGAAGCGGGUUGAUAGCGUUCCACUACACCUAGCCGGAGUCCGCACUGCUGGAAGCGAACUGAAAGAUCUGGCCUUCGGUAGGGGUGGCUUAUACAUACGACGAUGA